AGUAAGAUUAAUUAAGGAUUCGAACUAAAAGACCCUGUAUUUACACAAUUUUGGGCUAUUUUUAAAAGAUAAUUUUGUCAUAUUUUUGUUGCAUAUUAAAAUCAUCAGUGUGUUGACUCACCAAAACCACUUCAACAUAAGCAUAAAGGAGAUGAGAACUAUAGAAAUAACAUCUUAUUCACUCCUCCCUCCUUAAAUGGUUCACUGAAGCAUGUGAGAAGAUGUGCCUUCCACCCAACAUCCACAAAGUCAAGGUCCACUGCCAACUUGCCCGUCAGAUCAAUCUAUCCUUCGGACAACAGGGUAGCACCACCAGCCCAGAGAUUCUGGUUAGACUCAGUAAGCCAUGCUGGGAAAGCCAGAUUGGUCUAUGCCCGACACCAGGUUCCCAAAGCAGGCACUCUAUCCUGAACUUUGAUAUUGAAGCAGAUUUUCAGAAGGACAGAGAAAAAGACUCAAGGAUAAUCUAAAUCAUAACAAAAUUCCCACUUCUCUCUGGCCAUGAGCACUUAAAGUGGCGAUGAAGAACUUGGCCUGUUAUUGAGUACCUCGAGACACACAUUGACGGCACACUGAGAUUCUGCAUAUGCAGAGCACCAUCUCAUAAACACCCUGACUAGCCACACCAUGCACCUCCAACCCCAUGGUGUGGAAAGUCUGUGGCUCCCACAUCGGCCCCAUUAGUCUCUUCUGAACCCAUAGACCUGCAGAAGAGGCAAAUUAUCCUUUCCCAGGGACUAACUCUGCUGGGGAAUAAAUCAUAAAUCUGGAUUUUUGGAAGAGACUCUACUGCCAUAUUAUCCUUUGAAACAGGCCAGUAUGACCACACACUACACCAUGGUGCUCCCAAAGUACUGGAACUCUUUCUUGUCUCCUGGUAGAAAGCAUUGGGCAGGAGGUUCUCUGUAAUCUGAAGGCAACUGGUGAGAGACAGAAAGCAAAUCACUACAACUUUUGAUGUUUAUGUGAAUGAUUGAUCCCCACCACCCGGAUCAUGCCAUCUUCUCACAGCUACCAUUGGGGAAGGGGUACAGAAGCCUGAAGCCACACAGCGCCAGGUUACAAGUCAGCUAGAUGCCUUCAAUCAUUUAGUUCAUGAACCAAUCAGCAUCAUCAUUUUUCUGCUAAUCUUCAAUUGCAGAAAAAUGAUGUGAAUAUUAUCAAAGUCAAACCAGUGGUCUCUACAUUUCCAUCCAAGCUAACCCUAAUUACGUGCAAUAUUGGCUGUCCCGACCUUUUGCAAUUUCCAAGCCUCCUCGAGUUGGAAGAGAAAGGAAGAAUACCAGAUGAUGAUCUUCAAGUAUACUGUGCCCACCUGGGUGAGCUGCAUAAAGUCACAUCAGAGAAAUUCCAGAAUCUUCCCUUGAUCCAAAUUCCAGAUUGGGUAAUAGAUCCAUUCCAGAACACUUAUAAUGAGGAACUAACAGGAAGGAUGGAGGAAGAACUGAUCUCACUACAAAAUAACUUUUGAGCUGAAACCAGGGUUUAAAAAAUAAUUGGUUGCAGAAAGAAAUCUCUGAACACCAUCUUGAACUGUGGGAAAACGCCACGAUCUUCUUUAGGGCCUUUCCAACAUUAUGCUUAGUGGAGCACGGCAUCAGUGCAGUCACCCAACUUCUUUCAAAGCAACAAAACAGAUUGCAACUUACUGAACUUGGGGAUCUGAGACUCCAUCUGAGUGACAUUCAGCCUGAUAUUGAGAAGCUGAUAUCACUGCACCAAGCCCAUCCAUCUCAUUGAAAGGAUUGAAAAUGAAUUUGCUGCCGAAGUCUUCGAAAGAGUUCAGUUCUGCUGAAUAUUGGGAGACGUUCUUCAAGAAGCGGGGUGGAAGUGCGUUUGAGUGGUAUGGGACCUAUGUGGAUCAUUGCGCAGUGCUGCACAAGUAUAUUAAGCCCAAAGAAAAGGUCCUCGUUGUUGGCUGUGGUAAUUCUGAGUUGAGCGAGCAGAUGUAUGAUGUUGGUUACCAGAACAUCACCAACAUCGACAUCAGUGAGGUUGUGAUCGGUCACAUGAAGGAACGGAAUGCAGCUCGCCGGCCAGCAAUGGCCUUUAUGAAGAUGGACAUGAUGCAGAUGGAUUUCAGCGACUCCCAGUUUCAGGUCGUGCUGGACAAGGGGACCCUUGACGCUGUCAUGACAGACGAGAGCGACGAAACGCUGCGCAAUGUGGAGAGGAUGUUUGCGGAGAUCGGGCGGGUCCUGCAGGUGGGCGGGCGGUUCCUGUGCAUCUCGCUGGCGCAGGAGCACAUCGCGAAGAAAGUGGUGAGCCACUUUUCCCAAGAGGGCUGGCCCGUGCGAGUCCAUGCCUUCGAGGAGCAGAGCGAGGCCAGUCGGCAGUUCGUGAUGCCAGUGUUCAUCUUCGUGUUCACCAAGUUCAGGAAGCUCCCUGGAGCCGGGCAGAAGAUCGUGGAGAUGUGCGCCGAGGAGCGGGAGAAGCCCCUUCGCCUGGAGAGCACGGAGCAGCUGUUGGAGUUGGUGAAGGCAUGGCAGCAGUACGCACUGCUCCGAAACCACCUGACCAAGGGCUCCAGCAGCGGGGAGAGUGUCUCCCUCACCCUCUGCAACAGGGAAUCUGGGAAACCUCGCUACACCUUCCACGUUGUUGAUCAGCCCUCCGUGAAACCUACUCACGCAAACAACUUUGCAAUUUUCAUAGUUCCACAGGGCAGAGAGACUGAAUGGAUCUUCGGAACUGACGAAGGUCGGAGACAGCUCGGCAAAACUGCUGCAUUCAAACGUCUGUUGGUGGUGGCACUGCACCGCGACCAACUCUACCAGAGCAUGGAUGCCAUUCAGAAGGAGCUUUCGGGGAAGGUGAUGGAGUUGGCUCCUUAUGGACUUCCACCAGGUCAACAGGUCCCAUUUCUUUCAGUUGGUGGAGAUAUCGGGGUUCGCACUACCCAGUAUCGCGGUGUGAGUGACAUUAGUGGCGAGUAUGUCAUUGAAGAUGUAAAGGGAGAGGAUGGCAACUUUUAUCGGCACCUGAUAUUCCUCAGCAACGUUAAUGUGGUGCAAUCGGAGGGUAAAUUAUUGCACAACGCUUCCAAGUCAGUUUCAAAACAUAAAAAGAAAAAAAAAGACAAGAGGAAAGGGCAGUCGUGCUUGGAAGAUGAGAGCAAUUUGAAUCCAAAGCUUGGCCAGGCUGUAGACAAAAGCUACCUCUGCUGCAAUCACCAUCGAGCCAUGAUUGCUGGCUUGGUUCUACUAGGUAACGAAGGUGGUUUUCUUGCAGAUGCUGCGAUCUCUCUGCUGGUGAUUGGCCUUGGCGGUGGGAGCCUUCCAUUGUUUAUUCACGACUUCUUCUCCCAGUCGACCAUUGAUGCCAUUGAAAUCGAUCCUGAGAUGUUGGAGGUCGCGACCAGGUGGUUUGAAUUUUCCCAGGACAAUCGAAUGAAGGUGAUUCUGGCAGAUGGCUUGCAUUAUAUACGUACACUUGCAGAUGAAGGGAGUGGCUCCUAUGAUGUUAUCAUGUUUGACGUGGAUAGUAAAGAUGCUACCCUUGGAAUGAACUGUCCUCCACCAGCUUUUGUAGACCGGGCAUUUCUCCAGAAAGUACGAAGUCUUUUGGCACCCCGAGGACUCUUCAUUCUAAAUCUGGUUUGCAGAGACGACAGACUGAAAGAAAAAGUCAUGGCAGACAUCAAAUUGGUUUUCCCCCUCGUUUACUUACAGAAGAUUGAGGGUGAGGUGAAUGAAAUAUUGUACUGCCAGUUGUCCACGGAACUCAAAACCGGUUCUAAACACCUUCUUAACGCAGGUCAGAUAUUGGAAAAUGAUCUGAAAAAAUCUGGCAAACACUGGGACCAAACCUACAGACUCGCAGAGAUGUUGGAGAAAGUUACAAUUGUGUGAAAAUUAGGUCACUGGAUUAGAUGUAGACACAAAAAGAUUAAUGUUUAUUGUUUGCAGUGACUUUCAGUGUCAUUAACCAGGGAUAUGAACUUGGAAGUCGUCAAACAUUCAUCACUAUUUGCUUAAAUCAACGGGUUUACUUCAAGUACAUGUGUGCUGCUCAAAUUGCAUUUCAUCAUUUGUCUACUUUGUUUUUCUUUAGUACAAGAAACCUUUGAAUCUUUUUUGAUUUGAGCAAAAAGAAAAGAGGAGUUAUGUUCACUUCGAAAUGAAAUUUGUUGGAGAUGGUGAAUGCCCAUCUGAACUGUUGCAGCUCCUGUUAAUGAAAGAUCUUAUUGCAGAACCCUAUUUCAGGGUUUUGACCCAGUGAUGAUGGGGAUGUAUUUCAAUAUGAAGAAUGUGUAUAACUUAAAGGGCAACCUGUGUAUGGUGGUAUUUCAAUGUGCUGGCUAUUCUUGUUCAAAAUUGAAAGUAAAUUUAUUAUCAAACUACAUGAAUUUCAUCAUAUGCAACCAUGAGGUUUGUUUUCUUGCGGGCAUACUCAAUUAAUCCACAAUAGAAUAAUAACCAUAAUAGGAUCGACGAAAGACCUCACCAACUUGUGUGUUCAACCAGUCUGCAAAAGACAACAAACCACGCAAAUACAAAAAGAAAGAAAUAAUAAAUAAAUAAAUAAAUAAAUAAGCGGUAAACAUCGAGAACAUGAGAUGAAGAGUCUUUGAAAGUGAGUCCAUGGGUUGUAGAACAUUUCAGUGAUGGGGCAAGUGAAGGUGAGUGAAAUUAUCCCCUUUGGUUGAAGAGCCUGAUUGUUGAGUGCUAAUAUCUGUUUCUGAACCUGGUGCUGUGAGCCUUGAGGCUCCUGUACCUUCUUCCUAAUGGCAGUAGUGAGAAAGGACCCUGGGUGGUGGGGGUCCCUGAUGCUAGAUGCUGCUUUCCUGUGAUAAUGCUGAGGAGGGCUUUACCUAUGACGGACUGUGCCGUAUCCACUACUAUUUGUAGAAUUUUUACGUUUAGGGCAUUGGUGUUUCCAUACCAGGCUGUGAUGCAGCCAGGCAAUAUACUCUCCACUACACCUCUUGUUGUAUUACAAACUGCUCUGCAUGGAAUUUUACAU